UGCAAAUAUUGUCUGAUUAUUAUUAUUACCAAACAAAUGGCUUUUGUGUGGGCAACAUUCAUUUUAACUCUUAUUCUAUUAUUCAUUUUCUAUGAGUUACUAAAUAUCAAAAACAAGAAAAAACUUCCUCCUGGUCCAAAAGGCAUUCCAAUAUUAGGACACCUCCAUCUUUUAGGUGAAAAUCUUACUCAAGAUUUACACAAAUUUUCUCUAAAAUAUGGUCCUAUCAUCUACAUGAAAUUUGGUUUGGUACCAACUUAUGUUAUAUCUUCCCCCGAAUCAGCAGAAAAAAUUCUGAAAACUUAUGAUCAUAUUUUUGCUAGUAGGCCUCAUAACGAGACCGCUCAAUACAUAUCGUAUGGCCAAAGGAAUUUGAUUUUCUCAAAGUAUGGCGCGUAUUGGCGUAACAUGAGAAAAUUGUGUACGGUCCAUUUGUUGAGUAACAUGAAGAUUCACUCAUUCCAAUCUACUAGAAGUGAAGAAAUUGCCAUUAUGAUCAAAGAAAUAGCUCAAGGUCAUGUUGAAGUUGAUCUUAGCGCUCAAGUAUCAAAGUUAAGUGCCAACUUGAGUUGCUUAAUGGUUUUUGGGAAAAAGUUUACAGAUGACGAUUUGGACAAAAGAGGAUUUAAGUAUUUAGUUCAAGAGGUUACAACUCUAGCUGCAACACCAAAUCUUGGUGAUUUUUUCCCAUUUCUUGGUGUUAUUGACCUCCAAGGACUCACACGUAGAAUGAAGGAUACUUCUAAGGUGCUUGAUCCAUUUGUAGAGAAGAUUAUUGAUGAACAUGUCAAUGCUAAGGAACAAAAGAAAAAUAAGGACUUUGUAGACACUAUGAUGGACAUUAUGCAAUCCGGUGAAGCAGAAUUCCAGUUUGAUCGUCGUCAUGUCAAAGCUGUUUCUCAAUUUCAAUUUCGUAUCCGGAAAAUUUUGGUUCAUCUGGAGCAACUUUCUAAUCUGAGUGAAAAUACACCAAGAGCUUUGGAAAUUAUGUUCGUAGUAGCUUCGUCAAACAAAUUUGGUCCUGAUAAAGUUGAUCUGCAUUCUAGGAAGUCGAAAAAAACAGGUUACAAGGUUGAUGGAAUUGUCGUUGGACAAUCCAUUUCAUUUGUGAAUCUGAAAGCUUUGAUUGUAGCAGAGCUGGAGAUCGACAAUGUUACAAAAAAUAUUGAAAUUCGAUACAUUGUAGAGGGAAACUCAUGUCCAUUGAAAAUCAAGAACGAUAUGGGUGUGAAACUUUAUUUGGAAGUAAAAAGGAAUGCGCCUGAAAUCGACAUGUAUCCGUUUUGUAUUGAUACAACUGAUAAAAUUGUUGGGAGAUACAUAAUUUUGAUUGUUCAUCUGGGGAAAUCGUAUACAUGGAAGACGGGGCAGUUGUAUAAGGAUAAAGGAACACUCAUCGCCGUAAUGGCUAAAUAUAAAAUAAAGAACAACUUCAAUUUUCGAGUGAAAAGAUCGGAUAAAAAAAGGCCUGUAGUUAUAGUGGACGCUGCACAUCUUGGUGGGGCUUACAAAGGUACUUUUGUAUCAGCGAUCACACUCGAUGAUGCAGGUUGCAUAUUGCCAUUGACAUAUGGUGUUGUAGACACUGAAAAUGACUGUUCGUGA